CGCCAAACCGUAAAGAAAGAGAGAGAGAGAGAGAGAGAGCUUUUUAACAUUCGGUGUUUGAAACGUGCUUCGACUGGGGUUGUGGGCGGCGGGGAGGGGGUCGCGGGACAGAGGUAGCAUCCAGUGGAGGAGGAAGAAGAAAAGCGUUGCUCCGGAUGUGGGGUGCUGCCAGCUUGGACCGAACGUUCCUCUGCUCAGACAAGGACUGUCAGAGAGGCUGUGAGGAUUAAGCAGGAGGCCACAGGCUGGAAGACUGAGCGGAGGGGGACGCUUCAAGAGCAUCAUCCGAAGAGAAGCAUUUUUUUCUCACGGGUUGAAAAAUAACACGGGAAUAAAAGAGUGAAGGUGAUCGUUUCAUUUGAAUAUCCACACUUUUUAAGGUGAUCUUUCACAGCGUCCUGGAAGAUUUUUUUUUGCCAACAAAAGACGCAUGAUUGGACCAAUCCGUCACUACCACCAUUGUUAUGUAAUAGAAUUGUGUGUUGACUUCGAGCGCAGCAGCUGGGAUUACUGAGGCUGCUCUUCAUUUUCAAGUGGAGGUGGGUGGGUCGGACCACUCGAUCGCUGAGGGUGGACUCCACUGAGAGGAGAAAAUGUCGGGUCAGACGCUUACGGACCGCAUCGCCGCGGCCCAGUAUAGCUUGACUGGAUCGGAAGUAUCACGAGCUGUGUGUAAAUCCACCACACAUGAACAAACAGCCCCAAAGAAAAAACACCUGGAAUAUCUGAUCCAGGCCUCCCAGGACACCAGUGUGAACGUCCCUCAGAUGGCCGACACACUGAUAGAGAGGGCGGGCAAUGCCAGUUGGGUGGUGGUUUUCAAGGCCCUGAUUACUACACACCACCUCAUGGUGCACGGCAAUGAGAAAUUUCUGCAGUUCCUUUCGUCGAGGAAUUCUUUGUUCAAUCUCGCCAACUUUCUGGACAAAACAGGCUCCCAUGGCUAUGACAUGUCCACCUUUAUCAGACGCUACAGCCGUUAUCUCAACGAGAAGUCCUUCGCCUACAGACAGAUGUCUUUCGAUUUUGUCCGAGUCAAGAAAGGAGCUGAAGGAGCAAUGAGGACCAUGACAGUUGAGAAGCUGCUGAAAGGAAUGCCUAUCCUGCAGGGUCAGAUUGAUGCAUUGCUCGAUUUCGAUGUCCACCAACCAGAAUUAAACAACGGGGUGAUAAACGCCUGCUUUCUUCUCCUGUUCAAAGACCUGAUCAAGUUAUAUGCUUGCUACAAUGACGGCAUCAUCAAUCUACUAGAGAAAUUUUUCCAGAUGAAGAGAAGCCAGUGUAAAGAUGGACUCGAGAUCUACAAAAGAUUUUUGACUCGCAUGACUCGGGUAUCUGAAUUCUUCAAAAUUGCAGAGCAAGUGGGAAUAGACAAAAAUGACAUACCCGAACUCACUCAAGCUCCAGAAAGUCUUUUAGAAUCCCUUGAGACCCACCUCAACACAUUGGAAGGGAAGAAGCCGGAGGAUAAGUCACCCACCAAGGACACAGUGGCAACGAACAGCUCAGCCCCAUCGACUGCACCACCCAAACCUGCACCACCCGCCGGCGCCGGGGGGCCCCCUGCUCGCCCCGGGCCGCCCGUCAAACCUCCACCACCCUCUGUCACACCCACAGCUGUAGUUCCCACUACUACCACCACCAGCAGUGCCCUGGAUGAUGGCUUCCUGUUGGACCUAGAUCCAAUGUCCUCGUCCUCAGCUGGUGGGACGGCAGCACCUUCUACUACAAUUGGAUGGGGAGGUGAGUAAAUACUAUCAGAAAAUUCCUGAGCUCUAUUUAAAAAUUAUAAAUAGUGUCCCCACCCUACCCCCCAGGCUAUAUCACCAUUAAAAAAAAAAAAAAAAGAAAUGGCAGGAAGAAAUUGAAAAAAAAAAAGCAAAAGCAAAAUGUGGUCUCGCGGCCACAUUUGGAGUUGCGGAGCAACGUGGGUCAGCGGAAAUAUUCAGAGGCGCACUGGAGAGAAAGUU